GAAAGUUGAGACUGGAUAUCCGGGCCCCUAAUCCAUCAUGCAGCACCUUUCUUCACAAGUUAACUUCCCCGCUCCCCAACCACAACCACAAUUUCACAAAAUUCAAAUUUGUGACAAACGAACGAGGAUAUCAGUCGAUGAUGAACAUGGGCAACGCAGCUUUGCCGAUUGCCGUCACACCAUAAAAACGCUAAUUUUAUUUGACCUACAGGGUCAGCUGGAUGCUUAGAGCAAUAUGGUGGUAUAACUUGAGGACGCUUUUUUUUUUCUACCCUGCGAUUGUGCUCAACCCGUUGCUUGAGUUUCAGAGGAAAAGAAUUGCUUUCAUGGGUCAAUAAGCAACAUUUUGUUUGUUUUCGAAUUUUGCCGGUGCCUUGUUCUCUGCAUGCACUAACAAUCAAGCAUGUCAUCAGAGCAUAAGGUGUUUCAGAAGCAAGCAAACUCCAAUGAUAACAACGAACAAGGGACGCCUACUCCAUCUCUUGCUUCUCUGUACCAUUCUCUCAGAGCCUCAGAUAUCCAAACCCUUCGUUGCAAGACUUCUCCUUCAGCUUGCUGCCCCUUUUGCCUCCUGAUCGUUCUUAACCUCUGAUUUCUCAUGCUCCUCUAUUUGUUCUGUUGAGCAAGAAAAGGAGCUGCCUUUGAGUAACCAUACAUAUGGCAGAUAUCCAGAAAAAUCUCGUGCAUUAGGUAAUUCUUUUUUGUUUCGAUCCUCCAAUUUCAGGUUGUAUUGGGCUUCCGAGAUGGCGGACCAUUUCGAGGUAAUGGCGGGCCGAUUGCUCACGGAGUCGACGCUUCAGUCUGCCAUUGAUGAGGCCUCCGAUGCGCCUUCUUCCACAGUGACUCCGUGUGAUCCCGCUGUUGAAGAGGGCAGGGCAACGAGUGGCGUCUUGGUAGAAUGCAGAAUCUGCCAAGAGGAUGAUGAUGAGGCCUGCAUGGAGGCCCCUUGCUCCUGCAAGGGCAGCUUGAAGUACGCUCAUCGCAAAUGCAUUCAGAGGUGGUGCGAUGAGAAGGGAGACACCAUAUGUGAGAUCUGCCUUCAGCAAUUUACACCGAAUUACACUACCUCUUCAAAGCUAUUUCAACAUGGAAGAAACACGAUUUUCUUCAGCGCCCCAGGUUACAUCCAAGCACGGCCGUACGCUGACCAAACAUCUGCCACAUCAACAAGCUACGAGUAUGACCGCCAGGCUUCAACUCCUACCGGCGUAAUCUGCUGUCGCAUAAUCGCUAUAACCUUGAUGGUUCUCUUGGUCCUCCACGACGCCCUCUCGGUUCUCCUCGGCGACCAAGGCGCUUAUACCGUCGCCAUGCUCACUCUGCUGAUGCUCAGAACAGCGGGAGUCGUCAUACCGGUGUACAUCAUAAUGGUAGCGGUUGCCGAGCUGCUUCAACGACGCAGCCGGCGGCAGGGUGCGCACGAGCAGAAUUUAGAACCUGCGGGAGCGGAGAGCGCGCAGCCACAGCAGCAUGUCAUCAGCAUCCAGUAGUGUGCGCUGGCUGCGGAACCUGCAACGAACUGAAACCAAGGACUGAGCUUCGGAUGAAAUUUGCCCGCAGAAAUGGGAAAGAUGUGACUGUACAGCUUUGCAAUUGUACAUAGUAGGAUAUAUUUGGCUGCUGCCAGCAGCUUUGUAUAGAGAUCACUGUACGUGAUUACUCUCUUCAAAUGAAGGUGAAGUGGGUUUACUGUGCAUAACAAGAUGAUGUACUAGCAGAGGAUCGAUCUGUCAAACCGAUGCAGAGAAAAAUGGAAGGCGAAUUGACGGUUGCAUUGUCUGUGCACUGGGCGUGGUGCAUCAAACAGCAGGUC